GCCCACACAGGGUGAGGAGGUGCCAGCUGUUUUCACUUCUGGAGCAAAGCUUUAAGGAACAUCACCAAGGACCCACAUCCCACCUUGCUCUUGUCGGGACAUCUAGUAGGCACUGAUGCCAGUCCCCACUUUCCACCUGGUGGAAGAACUAACCCCAACCAAAGGAACACACCAGGCACUAGUCCUCUGGGGUUUAUCAGUCCCAGGCAGAACUUCACCUCCAGCCUUCCAGGGCUCCCCCCCUACUCCCCAGCCCAGCGCCCAGCUUCAAAUCCUCAUCCCCAACCGCUCAGUAACUGCUGGGAAUCCCUGACCUGCAGCCGUUGAUACUCUGCAGUGAGUGCCUGUGCAAGGACAGGAGGGAUAGGAAGAUCAUGCCCUAAACCCUAGUCCAACUUCUGGUUUAGGGCCCCCAUUUGGGGCAGAAGUCUUUUCCCUUGGAAUCUUUGCUUCUCUGCUCUCCUCCCUGUCUCCACCUUCCCAACACAGCACCCCUCCCCUCCCAGCUCUGAAGAUCCCAGCCUCCCCAAUGGCACUCUCACCCUCUUCUCUGGAUCCUCGAAGGCCAGCUGCCCUGGUGUCCACUCAGGUCAGACUAGAGCCAAGAGUGUGCAUCUGGGCGGGAGGCUGGCCCUCUUGCUGUGGAGUCAGGGCUCUUCUCAUUUGCAUAGCAACCUCCGCCCCUUAUUUGCAAGUUCUCUUCCCAAUCACACCAAGCUGCCAAGCCCUGACAUCCACCCAGCAAGCUGCUCAGGCUGCUAUAAAAGGGGUCCAGAUCCCACACCACUUCCAAACACAGAGCAAAUCUGCAGAGCCUUGAACGUAACUGGUUACAACCAGUGAGAAAUAAUUCCUCUCUCCCACCUACCCAACCCUGCCCCAGCCAAUCCAGAGCACUUGAAGGCAACCGGCCGGCCGCUGCACUUCCUUAGGGAAAGUCAGGAGCUCAGGCUUGACCAUCUCAUUGAGUCCUGUCCAAGAACGCAGGGGACCGGAUAAAGAUAAGUGGGACCCAGGCUCGGCUGCCAGGUACCUGCUAUUCCCACUCCAGCAGACCCAGCUUGGCCGGGUUGCAGCAUGACUCUGUGGAAUGGUGAGCUGCCUUUCUACCCCCAGCCCCAGCAUGCCCCUGGCAUCAGCGUCCCACUGCUCAUCGUCAUUCUGGUGUUCUUGGCCUUGGCUGCCAGCUUCCUGCUCAUCUUGCCUGGGAUCCGUGGCCACUCGCGCUGGUUCUGGCUGGUGAGAGUUCUUCUCAGUCUCUUCAUAGGCGCAGAAAUUGUGGCCGUGCACUUCAGCGCACAGUGGUCAGUGGGUGGGGUGAACACCAACACAUCCUACAAGGCCUUCAGCGCAGCACGAGUCAGAGCCCAUGUUGGUCUGCACGUCGGCCUGGAGGGAAUUAAUAUUACACUCACAGGGACCCCAGUGCAGCAGCUGAACGAGACCAUAGACUACAACGAGCGCUUCAACUGGCGUCUGGGCGAGAACUAUGCCGAGGAGUACUCGGAGGCGCUUGAGAAGGGGCUGCCAGAUCCAGUUCUCUACUUGGCCGAGAAGUUCACCCCGAGCAGCCCCUGCGGGCUCUACCGCCAGUACCGCCUGGCGGGGCACUAUGCCUCGGCCACGCUGUGGGUGGCUUUCUGCUUCUGGCUCCUCUCCAACGGGCUGCUCUCCAUGCCGGUUCCGCUCUACGGGGGCCUGGCGCUCCUGACCACCGGUGCCUUCACGCUCUUCUCUAUCUUCGCCUUCGCCUCCAUCUCCGGCGUGCAGCUCUGCCCGCUCCGUCUCGGCUCCGCCACUCUCACCACUCACUAUGGCGCCGCCUUUUGGGUCACCCUGGCCACCGGCAUCCUGUGCCUCCUGCUGGGAGUGGCGGUGGUGAGUCUCCACUACUCUUGGCCCAGCGCGCUUCGCACCUUCUUGGACCGAAGCGGCAAGGACUAUGGUAGCCAGACGAAAGGGAGCUCGCCUCUCAUCCUGAACAACCCACUGCAUAAGCAGUUUGGAGCCCUGGACUUAACGACCAAUACUAACCUCUGAGGGGGACUCAACCUCAGACUGCUACCCCCCCUCGGUCCCCUGCAAGCCAGGUAGCAAUGCCGGCUGGGGCUGGGCCGGGAUAGCCCUAAGAAAGUCACUGGCAGGAAGGGGUGGGGGUGGGGGAGCCACUGGGGAAAAGCAGGCGGCCUCAGACGGGCUGCAACUCCUGCACCAGGGAAAAGUCUCCCAGAGUGACCUGUAAAUAAAUAUUUUUCCUUUUU